GUGCACCGUAGCUCCCGGCGCUCACUAGCAAAGGUGCCAGGAGGAGAGGGGCAGCCCCAUCCCACGCCUGGCAGCCCGGUCAGACCAUGGCAUGGGCUCAGGGGGAUCUGACGUCCUCACUCUCCAUCAUCGUCGCCUUGGCUGCCUGCAUUUCCGCCACCACCAGCGAAGUGAACUUGCUAGACACAUCGACAAUCCCAGGGGACUGGGGCUGGCUCACUUACCCUUCACAUGGGUGGGAUUCGAUCAAUGAAAUGGAUGAAUUUUUCAGCCCUAUCCACACCUACCAGGUCUGUAAUGUCAUGACCCCCAACCAGAACAACUGGCUACGGACCAACUGGGUUCAACGGGACGGUGCCCGGCGGGUCUAUGCAGAGAUUAAGUUCACGCUGCGGGACUGCAAUAGCAUGCCGGGUGUGCUAGGCACCUGCAAGGAGACUUUUAACCUCUACUACCUGGAGUCAGAUCGCGACCUGGGUUCCAGCACACGGGAGAGCCAGUUUAUGAAGAUUGAUACCAUCGCAGCUGAUGAGAGCUUCACCAGUGUGGACCUGGGUGUUAGGAGGCUGAAGCUGAACACAGAGGUGCGGGGUGUGGGGCCCUUGAGCAAGAGGGGUUUCUACUUGGCCUUCCAGGACAUAGGUGCUUGCAUCGCAAUCGUUUCGGUGCGGGUAUACUACAAGAAGUGUCCGGCAAUGGUGAGGAAUUUGGCAUCCUUCUCUGAGGCUGUGACUGGGGCUGACUCAUCCUCCCUGGUGGAAGUGCGGGGAGAGUGCGUAGGCCAUUCAGAGGAGAGGGACACCCCCAAAAUGUACUGCAGUGCGGAAGGGGAAUGGUUGGUGCCCAUUGGGAAGUGUGUGUGCAGUGCUGGCUACGAAGAGCAGCAGGAUUCCUGUGUGGCCUGUGAGCUGGGAUUUUACAAGUCAGCCCCCGGAGAUCAGCUGUGUGCUAAGUGCCCCUCGCACAGCCACUCGGAGAGUCGGGCGGCCCGCAUGUGCCGUUGUGACAGCAGCUUCUACCGGGCAGUGCAGGACCCCCCCUCAGCUGCCUGCACGCGGCCCCCCUCUGCUCCUGUGAACCUGAUCUCCAGUGUGAAUGGGACCUCGGUGGCACUGGAGUGGGGCCCACCCCUGGACAAAGGGGGACGCACUGACAUAAUGUACAACGUGAUCUGCAGGCGCUGCAUGGGGGACACUGGCCAGUGUGAGACGUGCGGCAGCGGGAUCCGCUUCGUUCCCCAGCAAAUGAGCUUGGUGCAGGGAGCGCUCACGGUGACCAACCUCCUGGCCCACACCAACUACUCCUUCUGGGUGGAGGCUGUCAAUGGAGUGUCUGACCUCAGCCUGGAGUCCAGAAGAGUUGCAGUUGCCAACAUCACGACAAAUCAGGCAGCCCCGUCCCAGGUGGUGGUGGUUCACCAGGAGAGCACGGGCCAGAACAGCGUCACCUUGCUGUGGCAAGAGCCAGAUCAGCCCAAUGGCAUCAUCCUGGAGUAUGAGAUCAAGUACUAUGAGAAGGACAAAGAAAUGCAGAGUUAUUCAACUCUGAAAUCCAAAGGCACCACUGCCACUAUCUCUGGGCUCAAGCCUGCAACCCGCUACAUCUUCCAGGUUCGGGCUCGCACCUCUGCUGGCUGUGGGAGGUUCAGCCAGACGGUGGAGGUGGAGACAGGGAAGCCAGUGUCUCUCCGGUAUGACACAAUGACCAUAGUCUGGAUCUGCCUGACCCUCAUCACUGGUCUCGUCACGUUGCUGGUGGUCCUAAUUUGCAAGAAGAGGCACUGUGGGUACAGCAAGGCUUUCCAAGACUCGGAUGAGGAGAAAAUGCAUUAUCAGAAUGGGCAAGUGAAGUUCCCUGAGUCGAAGUUCUACGUCGACCCCCACACGUACGAGGAUCCCUGCCAAGCCGUGCAUGAGUUCACCCGUGAAAUUGAGGCUUCUCGAAUCAAGAUCGAGAGAGUCAUUGGGUCUGGAGAGUCUGGAGAGGUGUGCUACGGCCGCCUGAAACUGCCAGGGAAGAGAGAGAUUCCCGUGGCCAUCAAGGCUCUGAAAGCAGGCUACACAGAGAAGCAGAGACGGGACUUCCUGAGUGAAGCUAGCAUCAUGGCACAGUUUGACCACCCUAAUAUCAUCCACCUGGAGGGGGUGGUGACCAGGAGCAAAUUGGUAAUGAUUGUUACUGAAUACAUGGAGAAUGGCUCGCUAGAUACCUUUCUCAGGAAACAUGAUGGGCAGUUCACCAUCAUCCAGCUGGUGGGCAUGUUGCGGGGCAUCGGUGCAGGCAUGAGAUAUCUUUCUGACCUGGGCUACGUGCACCGGGACCUUGCUGCCCGCAACAUCCUGGUGAACAGCAACCUCGUCUGCAAAGUGUCUGACUUUGGUCUCUCACGUAUCCUGGAGGAUGACCCUGAUGCCGCAUACACCACCACGGGUGGGAAGAUCCCCAUUCGCUGGACUGCCCCAGAAGCCAUCACGUACCGCAAGUUCUCCUCAGCCAGCGACGUGUGGAGCUACGGCAUUGUCAUGUGGGAGGUGCUGGCCUUUGGCGAGCGCCCGUACUGGAACAUGACCAAUCGUGACGUCAUUAAUUCGGUGGAGGAAGGCUACCGCCUGCCUGCUCCUAUGGGCUGUCCCACAGCCCUGCACCAGCUCAUGCUGGAUUGCUGGCAGAAGGACCGCAAUGAGAGGCCUCGCUUCUCCCAGAUUGUCAGCAUCCUGGACAAGCUCAUCCGCAACCCCGAGAACCUGAAGAACACGGCCACCGUGAACCGGUUCACCCAGACGCCCUUUGAAAGGGGUAUCUUCGACUUCACCAGCUGUCUCACAGUGGAGGACUGGCUGGACUCCAUCAGGCUGGGGCACUACCGGGACAACUUUGCCAUGGCAGGGUACUCCUCCCUGGGCAUGGUGAUGCGAAUGAACAUCGAGGACAUUCGGAGCCUGGGCAUCACCAUGAUGGGUCACCAGAAGAAGAUCUUGAACAGCAUCCAGGUCAUGCGAUCCCAGCUGCUGAACACGAAUGGUCCCAGGAGGCAUCUCUGAUCACCAGCUUUGCAGACCCGCAUUGGGCAUUCCUUAACACUUACCCUGGCAAAGGGGCAGCAGGGUAGUGAGCAGGGAGAGGGGUGCCAGAUCAAGAUCUGGAGCCCCUCCAGCAACUCUUUGAUUUGAGUUCCAGUGGAAACAUGGCUUCCCAGAUACCUUGAUGAUCCUGCUGUCUCCCAUCUGAAGAGGGGAGCAGCCUUCCAAGCAGGCUAGGGACAGGCCAUUCCUCUCUUCAUACUCUACCAUGUUGCUGUGGGACCAGGAAUCUUCAGACAACUAUGCAGUGCAGGUGGUAACCCCCUUAAACAGAGGGAUGCCCCUAGCUGCACCUGCAGAUGGAAGGGCAGCUGAUGCAAUAGCAAUACCAGGAGCAGUAGGACUUGGCUUGUCAUGCCCCAUGGCUCCUUUGGAUCAGACAGCUGAUCCUGCUUUGUAUUUCCAGUGAAUUUGUUGUAUCUCUGAACUGAAGAGUCCCCCACAGGAUGCCACAUGGCAGUGAGAACCCUGCUCCCAGUACCUUGCAAUUCCAGUGUACUCCAACCUGGACCUCCAGAGCUGCUCCAGCCUCCAAGUGACUUCAUGGCCCACCUCCACCAAGCCCAGGAUGGCAGGGGAUGGAGUACUGGGCAAGUCAGCAAUAUUAGGAAAUGCUGGCAGGAGUGCAGGCUGGUUCUGCGUGCAGAGGAGGCUUCCCCAACAUAGAGGGAGAAGUGGCCAGGAGCUGCUAUCAAGAGCCUCAGGAAGCUCCAGGGUACACUGGAGAGUCCCCACUUCUUGAACCCACCAGCACUGCUCCUCUCCAGAUCCAGCACAGGCAUACCAGGGCAGCCCAGGCACAUUUUCUAGGGCUCCAAGCUCAGGUUUCUCCCAUGGCAGAACUAUCCCUCCUGCCCUGUGGCCUCCUGUAAAGCUGUACCAGAGCAGAGCAGAGUGAGAGAAUUUGCUCACUGGGGUCAGAGAGAUUUCUGUCAAACCCCAAUUUGUUCUUUUAUUGCCCUAGAGAAACCCAAGAGCUUCCUGUUACCAAGUUGCCUGCCUAUGCCCGAGGUUGCCUUGUUCUCUGCACAGGACAGUUUGGAGCAACAUUUCCAGCUGCAAGCACACAGCCCCCUGGCUGGGGACAGGGGCUCUGCUCAGCUGAUGCUGCAUGUCAGGCAAGGCUCAUAGGAUCUUCAGCAUCACCCAGCUGAUGAGCCCCAUGACUGAGAGGCAGUUUGACCUUUCUGCCACAGCUCUCCUCUCUCCUCCGUUGGGAGCAUCUCUUUUAACAAGCUUGCCUGGAGUGGAGCAGAGGCCUCCAGAGGCAUGCGGAAGGGCUGAGCGGGCUGCAGAGAUGGGGCUGUGCCAGGGAGGGUGAGCAGGCCAUGGGCUGAGGAGGCUUCUCUGGGGUGUAAAUACAAUUUUCUAUGGGGUUCAGAACUGUUUUACUAAUGUCUGAUGUUAAGUACACAAAAAUGGUCUCAAAGCACAGAAGCCUUGGUCAUGAGGCUGAACUCACUGCAAAAAACUCUGCUGGAAGGUGAGCUGGGGCAGUGCUGCUGGAGAUGGUCUCUCUGGACACUGGAGAGGAACCACACUGACUGUCAGAAACCAGCAUGGCCCCAGGAUCCUGCCCUUAGCACUGUAAGACUGUCAUCACUCCAGUGCGAGUACUGGCAGGAGCUGGCUUGAGGUCUGCUCCUCCCAGUGCUGGUGGUUGUUUGGGCACAGGAGGGGAGGGUUAAAGCCAUUUUCCAGCUGCAAUAAUCCUGGCUAAACUGGCCUUUCUGAGGCUGGCUUAGUUUUCCAUCUAGGGCACCUAUGUCCUGAUGGAUUUUUGUGACUUUGGUGGGCACUCUACUUCUUCCUAUGGAAGCUCUUUGUAACGGGGGACAGAUGCAAUGUGUUGUUUAAUUUAUAUUGCACCCUGCAUCCUGCACUCAGACCUGUCACACACUCACCCUGCAGUCGGUGUAAUGAUUGAAGUCAGUCCAAACCCUGCAGUGGGUGCUGGCUGUGUCCUCUCUUCUCUAUGCAUGGGACUCCUUGGUGAGUGAAUUCUGCCUGGACAAACCAUCCCUACACCUAUGAGAGAGGUGAGGUCAGGCCAGACAGACCUGUGUCCUUGGGGUCACGGAGGCUGGACAGUCCCAGUCCUCAGGGCUACAGGGUUUUCUGGGCAGCCCUGGGAAGGGAGGCUGUGGGAUCUGAGCCUGUGGCAGCCUAUGGGCUGCCAGACAGCUCCUGUCCCCAGUAGCAGAGUUCAUGGGGCUGAUUCUGCAGGUUGGGGUAGUUGGACCGCACCUUGGCUGAGCUUUAGUCCCUGGGCCACACGGGCUCUGGCCGUGAGGAUGGCUGGGCAGGUUUUGCCUGCUACAUUCAGAGCCUGCACCUCUUUCUGGAUAAUAAAACGCCUCCUUCCCACAGGGCAUCUCAUCACCUAUUACUGGGCCUGUGCCUCACACAGCUGCUUCACAGCUGGUAGAGUUCAUACAGGCCUUCACAGCUGCUUCACAGGCAUGGAAAUGCCCAGGUAACCACCUGCAUCUGCUCCAGAAAGCCUCUCCCGUGUGGUGGAUGCUUCCUUGGAGAGCAGGAGCAUCUGUAGGAUGAGUGCGCAUGCCUGGACCUGUGUGCAUAAGGAAUGGCCAAGUCACUAAUCACUUGUAGACUUCCUGUGUGGGUGUUAUUGUGCUGUGGGGUCAGGAGAAGGCCUCCCCUCAAACACAAGGCCGUUCCUACAUAGGGUUAUGUAAGCAUGUGAGAUCAUGUGUGUAGAUGCUCUUCUGAACUCCAGCAAUGAGUCCCUUGUGGACUUGCUAUAAGCUGUAACCAAAGCACACUGGAGAUGAAACACAUGGGUUGUUUGCAAUAGCACAAACUGCUAUUGCCUCGAACAGCCCCAAGAAUAGACAUAGGAGUAGAAAGCUGAGAUUCUUCCUGUGCUCCCAAGUCCAACUUUAAGUCUCAGCCCUCAUGGAUCCCUUGCAGGUUCUCCCAGAUCUAGGCUUACCCUCUCCUGGAAAUUCAGGAAUUGUUAAAAAAACAAAACAAAAUUAAAAAAACCCAACCCCCCACCCUGAGCUAAAGUAAUUUAUAGGCAUUUGACUGUGAUCCCAGCUACCCUCCAACAAAGGAUUUGCCAGCAUUCGAGCUGCAGGGACAAAGGUGUUUACAGAAAAGAAGGAUAUGUUUCUUGCUAGAAAAAAACAAAAAGGCUGGAAGGCCUGUUUGAGGCUGGAUGCAUCCCAGCACACGGCAGGAUUGGCUCUAUCCAUGUCACUGCUGGUACACAUGGCCCCUCUGUCCCUGCGGCCUUUCAAAGAUGAAGGUGACCCCCCACCCCCACCCCCGGGAAUCCACCCCUGCUCCACUGCCCACACUGCAGGAAAGGCCAGCCUUGCUCUCCAGAAACGUCAUGUAACCCGCCUGUUCCUGUCCCUCCAGGAACACCAUCUCCACCACCACAUUCAUCUUUCCUAUCACCCACAUCAUGACUGCAGGAUGCCCAUUGCUGUUUCUGUGCUCAUGUCCCUGACCUAUCCCGUCCCUGACCCUUCUCUUUUCCCCACCGCCUCCCAAACACAUCCUUAGGCAUCAUGUUCCACAUAUAUGGUUUCCUGGAGCCUUUGUUUGUCAUAGAGUCACAGAAAUGUGGUUGGAAAGGACCUCUGGACCCCACCUCAUCCAGCCUCCUCCACAAACACAUCCUUCACAUACAGCUGUUAGGAUCUGCUCAGACCCUCUCUCCGUUGUGCGGACAUGGACAGCAAGUGGAUACCUCAUUCACAACUCACUGCUGGCACUAGGCAUGCAGGACAGCUAGGAAACGCUGGGAGAUAUUGAUGUUCAUUGACGACCUACAUUUUGUUGAUUUAUUACACUUAAGAAUAAAGCCAGCAUUCACAUUCUGCAAUAUGAAUCAACUUUCUUAAAUCCCUCAAUUUCAAAGCAAACACUUGAUCCAGGGAAGGAUGGCUGAUACUGACGCCACUCCAGGUAAAGUCAGGGACAGAUACGCUCUGCUAGGCAGGCGUUUGCUGCUCUGCAUGGUUAGGGACCCAUUCUCAGAGCUGCUGCAGAGAUACGACAGUAUCAGCUUAUGUAUGUUUGUGAGGAGUAUGCCCAGGACAUUGUCCCCUUGGGAGCUACACCCACAACUCUUAACGAUCCAAGCAGGAAGAUGAGACAAGACUGUAUCAUUUUUAACAUGUCAUUUCUCCCCCCUUGUGGAGGAAAUUGCCAUGAGCAAUGCAAGCCCAGGAAGGGCCACUCAUUCAGAGUUCUCCUCCAGGACACAGGUACAUUUGCAGGCUCCUGUGUACCACUCCAUGUCCCGGUAGUUGUGCCCUGCUGCAGCCAGUGACUGCCAGGGCUGGCCAGGGCUGGCACAUGGGAUUCCCGAAGGCUGAGAGAAGAACCAGCUUGGGACCCAACCCCUCAUGAAGGGGUACCAUGGGGAACAUGUCCAGGGGAAGGAGCUGACCAGAAGGACAAACUCCUCCACCUGAGGAGAGGCUAUGGAAACUCUGGACAUAUCAGCAAAUAAAACCCCUCAUGUAUGAAAAUAGCCA